AUGGCUUCACGCAGACUCGUAUCGUCUCUGAUUCGAUCUUCUCUUCGUCGAUCCUCAUCGAAACCCUCAAUUUCCGCCUCAACUUCGAGGCUCACUUCUCAAUCCCGUGGUUCACCUUGCGGCUACCUUCUUAACCGCGUAGCCGAUUACGCUACUUCGGCCGCAGCCGCUGCUGCUCCUCCACCCCCGCCUCCAGCGAAAAAGGAGGUUCCCGGAGGCGGUAAAAUCACCGAUGAGUUCACUGGUAAGGGUGCGAUCGGGCAUGUUUGUCAGGUUAUUGGUGCCGUCGUCGAUGUCAGAUUCGAAGAGGGUUUGCCUCCGAUCUUGACUGCUCUUGAGCUUUUGGAUCAUGAAACACGUUUAGUGUUGGAAGUUGCUCAGCAUUUGGGUGAGGGAGUUGUCAGAACUAUUGCUAUGGAUGCUACUGAAGGUGUCGUUAGAGGGUGGCGUGUGCUCAACACUGGAUCCCCUAUCAGUGUUCCUGUCGGUAGGGCAACCCUUGGCCGUAUCAUGAAUGUUAUUGGAGAGCCUAUUGAUGAGAAGGGUGAAUUGAAAACCGAGCAUUUUUUGCCCAUCCAUAGAGAAGCCCCUGCUUUUGUAGAGCAAGCAACUGAACAGGAGAUUCUUGUUACUGGUAUCAAGGUUGUUGACCUGCUUGCACCAUACCAAAGAGGAGGAAAGAUUGGGUUGUUUGGUGGUGCUGGUGUUGGAAAGACUGUGCUUAUUAUGGAACUUAUCAACAAUGUUGCUAAGGCUCAUGGUGGUUUCUCUGUGUUUGCUGGUGUUGGAGAACGAACUCGAGAGGGUAAUGACCUGUACAGAGAAAUGAUUGAGAGUGGUGUCAUUAAGCUGGGUGACAAGCAGAGUGAAAGCAAAUGUGCUCUUGUGUAUGGUCAAAUGAACGAACCCCCUGGUGCCCGUGCCCGUGUUGGUCUUACUGGACUUACUGUUGCUGAGCACUUCCGUGACGCCGAAGGGCAAGAUGUGCUUCUUUUCAUUGACAACAUUUUCCGUUUUACUCAAGCUAACUCGGAGGUGUCUGCUUUACUUGGUCGUAUCCCAUCUGCUGUUGGUUACCAACCAACAUUGUCCACUGAUCUUGGAGGUCUUCAAGAGCGUAUUACAACCACCAAAAAGGGUUCAAUUACCUCUGUCCAAGCUAUCUACGUGCCUGCUGACGAUUUGACAGAUCCUGCUCCUGCCACUACCUUUGCUCACUUGGAUGCCACAACAGUGCUGUCACGACAGAUCUCUGAGCUUGGUAUCUAUCCCGCCGUCGACCCUUUGGAUUCUACAUCUCGUAUGCUUUCCCCACUUAUUUUGGGUGAAGCCCACUAUGAAACCGCUCGUGGUGUACAGAAAGUACUACAAAACUACAAGAAUCUUCAAGAUAUCAUUGCAAUUUUGGGAAUGGAUGAGCUCAGUGAAAACGAUAAAAUGACCGUUGCCCGUGCCCGUAAAAUUCAGCGAUUCUUGAGCCAGCCUUUCCAUGUCGCAGAAGUCUUCACUGGUGCCCCCGGCAAAUAUGUUGACUUGAAGGAGAACAUUGCUAGUUUCCAGGGUGUGUUGGAUGGCAAGUACGAUGACCUUUCAGAGCAGUCUUUUUACAUGGUUGGUGGUAUUGAAGAGGUCAUUGCAAAGGCAGAGAAGAUUGCCAAGGAAUCAGCAGCAUCUUCAUCUUAA